GGGGGGUUUAUAAAGCCCUAUGCCACUCUGUACUGCACGCAGCAGUCAGUCCGCUCACGAUGGAUCACAAUCAUGGCGGUCCGGACGACAACGUCGCGGACGGUUGCCCAAUGCAGAUGUCCUUCCACGCCGGAAGCUGCGAGGUGAUUUUGUUCCCGAGUUGGGCCACAACCGAGACCGGUGCGUUUGUCGGUGCAACGAUUGGGUUCUUCCUGUUGGCGUUUGCGUACGAGGGUCUCAAGUAUGGUCGCGAACUACUGCACGUCUCAGGCGGGAGCACAUCAGGUGAUGGACCUGACAACAAACGGACGCUUCGCCAAGCCCUGCUCAACAGGACACACGUCGUGCAGACGUUGCUCCAUCUCCUGCAGGUGAGCGUAUCGUACAUCCUGAUGCUGAUCGUCAUGACCUACAACUGCUGGCUGUUUCUGGCGGUGGUGCUGGGUGCGAUGUGCGGGUACUACGUGUUCGGUUGGGUGCGGAACAGCUCCGUCGAUCCAACCGAGCACUGUAACUGAACCAAAGGCACGUCUGAUGAGACCUCCACUUAUGGGGAGCCUUAGCGGUGUUACCGGCUCUAAGGCCUCCAGCAGGGCGUUCAC